GUUUGCUGUGUGGGGACAGCAGCUGACAGCAGCGCUCUCCGUGCAGGCUCUUCAUGCGCCCAGGAGCCUCGGUCAGCUCCCCUGUCGCAGAGAGACAAUGACGAUGCCGGGGACGUGGGCUCGGAGGGCGCCGGCAGAGCUGCUUCUUCUGUGUGCUGCCCUGGGCUGUCUCAGUUUGCCUGGCUCCAGGGGUGAAAGGUCACACCCGCUCGAGUCAAAUGCAGUCAACGAGAGCCUUGCCAAGAGCAGACAGACGCGGAGUGUGGGUGUCUCAUCAGUGCCUAUCGAUUGCAAACUGUCCAGCUGGUCCCCCUGGACCACGUGUGAUCCCUGUCAGAAGAAAAGGUACAGACACGCCUACCUGCUCCAGCCCUCUCAGUUCCAUGGGGAACCAUGCAGCUUCUCUGACAAGGAAGUCGAAGACUGUGUUUCCAACAGACCAUGCAGAAGUCAAGUGCGAUGUGAAGGCUUCGUGUGUGCGCAGACAGGGAGGUGUGUAAACCGCAGACUUCUUUGCAACGGGGACAACGACUGUGGAGACCAGUCAGAUGAGGCGAACUGUAGAAGAGUAUAUAAAAAAUGUCCGCAGGAGGUGGAGCAAUACUGGGCCAUUGGCAGCCUGGCCAGUGGGAUCAAUUUGUUCAUGAACAGCUUGGAGGGCCCGGUUCUCGAUCACAGGUAUUAUGCCGGUGGCUGCUCCCCCCACUACAUCCUCAACACAAGGUUUCGGAAGCCGUACAACGUGGAAAGCUUCACCCCAGAGACCCAAGGCAAAUAUGAAUUUGUGCUGACAGAAUACGAAUCAUACUCAGAUUUCGAACACAAUGUCACAGAGACAAGCAUUGGCCAGUCCAGUUUCUCCCUUGGUUUUAAAAAACCUGGCAUAUUUGAAUUUGGCAUUAGCAAAACCAGUGAUACCGGCAAACAUUUAAUUAGCAGGAUCAAACGAUUCUCUCAUACGAAAAGCUCGUUUCUGCACGCGCGCUCUGACCUUGAAGUCGCCCGGUACAAGCUGAAAUCCAGAAGCCUCAUGCUCCAUUACGAGUUCCUUCAGCGAGUCAAGCAGCUGCCCCUGGAGUACGGCUACGGGGAGUACAGGGAUCUCUUCCGCGAUUUCGGGACCCACUACAUCACAGAGGCCGUGCUCGGGGGCGUUUACGAGUACACGCUCGUGAUGAACAAAGAGGCCAUGGAGAGAAAGGGUUACUCCCUUAGGGAUGUCCAGGAGUGUGCCAAAAAUGGUUUUAAAAUCGGUGGCGCCAUCCAAAACGUCUACGUCAGUCUGGACGUGUCGGUGGGCAAGUGCAAGGGCGUUCUGAGUGAGAUCGAAGGCAGAAACAAGAGAGACACCAUGGUGAAAGAUUUGGUGGUCCUCGUGCGAGGAGGGGCGAGUGAGCACAUCACUGCCCUGGCCUACAAGGAGCUACCUACAGCCGACCUGAUGCAGGAGUGGGGAGACGCAGUGCAGUACAACCCGGACAUCAUCAAAAUUAAGGCAGAGCCUCUGUACGAGCUGGUGACAGCUGCGGACUUCGCCUAUUCCAGCACAGUGAAGCAGAACAUGAAGCGGGCCCUGGAGGAGUUCCAGAAGGAAUUCAGCUCCUGCCACUGUGCUCCCUGCCAAGGGAAUGGAGUCCCGGUCCUGAAAGAAUCACGCUGUGACUGCAUCUGUCCUGCUGGAUUCCAAGGCCCAGCCUGUGAGGUCACCUACCGGAAAAAUGUCCCCACUGAUGGGAAUUGGAAUUGCUGGUCAGACUGGUCUCCAUGUUCUGGAGGACAUAAAACAAGACAGAGGCAGUGCAACAAUCCACCUCCUCAAAAUGGGGGCAACCCCUGCUUGGGUCCCGCUUCCGAGACACUUAACUGUUAAGGAAGGGAGAGCUCCUAGCAGGUAAUGCUGCUGUGGGCUGUGCACAGCGAGAGCCCUGAGCCCUCGGGAGCCCAGGCCAGCUCCCAGCCACCACCAGCUCCCACCUCGGGCUGGCCCAAGGGUGGAAGGCUGUGCCAUUCAGAAUGUUUAAAAUAAAGAUGUUGUUGGUAAAA